GUAACCGCGGGACGCCUCUGCUACGCGUGCCGCUUAGCUAGGAGGCUAACAGGAGUAGCGUGUUCGCGCACUGUGUCGUGACGUUAAAAAUAGUUUACGUCAAAACAUGUUGACCUCCCACAGGCGCGCGCUCAUUAAAGAGUGUGUUCGUUAAUCAACGUGUGUUCACGUCACGCUCGCGGUUAGCAUACAUGCUAGCCUGAAGAUUAGCCAGCUAGCUAGCUUAGCCGUUUCACUGUUGACGCCGUGAACCAUGGCUUUCUACGAGGUUUACGCUCAUCCCGCGUUAGUUCGCUACAAGACCAGUGUUUGUACGAAGGCCACGAUCUUCGUGCUCGUGGUUCUUUUCCUCACGUACGUGUCACCGCUGCUGGUCGCGUACAGAAGCCAAGGGUUCUGGAUCAAAAGAAGCACCUAUGAGGAACAGCCCGUCGUCAGGUUCCAGUACAAGGCUCUGCUGAUGGCAGCCACCAGUCUGCAGGGAGACUUUGUUGCGUGGAGCACAUUUCCACUUCUCAACAACAUGCUGGAGGCCAACCUCCGCAUCCCUGCCAUCUCUGUGAGGGAAGAGGACCAGAAUCAGGACGGGAAGUUGGACCUCCUCAUCUUCAAACUGCAGCUUCCUCUGAAAGCAGAGGAGCAGGUCUACAGCGUCCAGCUGCUGCUCACCUUCAGCUACCAGCUCUUUCGCAUGUCCACGGUGGUCAUGCAGAGUCUGGUCUACGUGCAGCACUCGUCCUCUGUCCCUGGAGCCAAGCUGUUCAUCAGUGGAGACCUGAGGCUACAGCAGAGGGCGCCACUGCCUCACCGCGGACUCUACAACGUCUAUAAUGUGUCGGUGAUCGAUGGCUCCAGUCCCUUUGCAAGUGCAUACGACCUUGAGAACAUCAUAAGGAGCUACCAGGACAGAAACCUGACCACAGUCUUGUCCUGUCCCACACCAGUCUGGACCAUCGGACGAGCCGCUGGGUCUCCCUUCGAGCUCAACGCUGAGAUCCGUUACCCACUGGAAGUCAUUAGUUAUCGUCCUGGUUUCUGGGAAACCAUCAAGUUUGCCUGGAUCCAGUACAUCAGCGUGCUCCUCGUCUUUCUCUGGGUCUUUGAACGUAUCCAGAGGUUUGUCUUCCAGAACCAGGUUCUCACCACCGUGCCCGUACCUGUGGAAAAACCCCACCUGUCGUGACUCAGGUUUUCAGGUUCCUGCUCAGAUUCCUCGACUGAAGACGUCGUCGUCUUUUCUUUCUUUUUUUUACUGCUGAUGAAUAAAUGUAUUAAAGUAAAGUCA